UAGGAAAGAUUUGCCAGGAUAAUUUUGAUGUCCACACAUUCUAGGAUGACUCAUCUGUCUAAUUCACUUUUUGAAGUACACAUAACUCUCGGAUUUAAAUCCGAGGUUUCCACAUUUAUUUAAAAGAAUAAUAGAAAAUAACUGUGCUACUUCCAAUUUACUCCUCAAUAUCUAGCGUUUGUUUUAUUGAACUUCAUUAAUUUUAUUAAAAUAUUUCAGGUCCUCAGUCCUCAAUUAAUACUAAUCAAACAAAUCUGACUCAACAGAUUUUGGAUAAAUUUUCAGAUGAUGCUUUACAGCUAUUUACUGAUAACAAUUCUAAACCAAUUUUACGCUUCUGUCGACCAUUUAUUGUAAAACGUCCUGAAUUACUUCAUACUGCUAUUAAGAAUAAUUAUUCUGAUCUUCCAUCAAAAUUUAUUUCUGUUGCUAAGAUUAAUUUACUUCAGCAGAAGAAUGAGUCCGGUGAAACAGUACUGUUACACGCUGCACGUCUCAAUCGUAUCGAUAUUGUCAAAGCUGUAUUAGAAAAACAAGACUCUGAUAAACUUCUUGAAGAUGUUAAUAGUAGAGGACAGAAUAUUUUUCAUAUUCUUGCAAUGAAUACAAAUUCUCAAGAAAUCCUCGAUCUACUCAUUGAACAUCUUCUGAAAAAAUCAAUCAAUAUAUCAGAAAAGUUUGAUUAUGUCGAUGAUGAUAAUCAUACUCCAUUACAAUUAUCUAUAAUAAAGAGUAACAUUCCAGCAACACGUUAUUUUUUGAAACAUUUUAGUAAAACUGUAUGCGCAACAAAUGAUUAUACCGGUGAUAAUCUUAUUCAUCUUGCUGUGCGUUAUAGUAAUUUAACAAUGCUCAAGUUAUUACUGAAUGAUGAAAAACUAAUUGAACAAGGAACUCAAUCGAAUUUGAAGAUGACACCACUUGAACUGGCUCGAUCAAUGGAACAUACCGAUAUGGUAGACUAUUUCAACGAAAUAUAUUGUCAGUCGGAAGUCGAUGAAAAUGAUAGUUCAGAAGAUGAUUAA